AUGACUACGCCCAUACCACAACCUCCUGCUGUGCCGUUUCUUGGAAACGUCCGCGAUAUUGAUGCUGAGCUCCCGGGAAAGUCACUUACCCUUCUAGCUAAACAAUAUGGUGAAAUAUUUGCACUGAAUCUCAUGGGCCGAUCCGUUGUAGCAGUAUCCUCCGUUAAACUCGCGCAGGAAGUCCUUGAUGAGAAAAGAUUCCAUAAAGAUCUUAAUGGUCCAUUAGUUGAGGUCCGAAACCUCGUAUCUGAUGGUUUGUUCACCGCUUAUCAUGGCGAAACUAACUGGGGCGUUGCUCAUCGCAUCUUGAUGCCUGCAUUUGGCCCUCUUUCCAUUAAGGGAAUGUUCAAUGAUAUGUUCGAUGUGAUAUCUCAACUUGUUCUCAAGUGGGAACGCUUCGGACCAGAACACGAGAUAGACCCUACCGAUGACUUCACUCGACUUGCCUUCGAGACCAUCGCGCUAUGCACGUUCAACUACAGGCUGAACACGUUCUACACCGAGGGCGAGCCUCCGUUCGUGAAGGCCAUGGGCGACUUCCUCAAGGAGUGCUUCCUACGCUCCCGUCGGACAACAGUGAUGCAAGCCUUGUCUUAUGGAGCGAACGCAAAGUAUGCUGCAGACAUGGAGAUCAUGAACCAACUUGCAAAUAAGAUCGUAAAGGACAGGAAAGAUCAUCCGUCAGACAAGAAGGACCUGCUGAACGCCAUGCUGCUUGGCAAGGACCCGCAGACGGGACAAGGGCUGAGCGAAGAGAACAUCAAGGCGCAGAUGCUGACGUUCCUGAUCGCUGGACAUGAGACGACAUCCGGGAUGCUAUCAUUUGUGAUGGCGCAUGCUAUGAAGAAUCCUGAUGUGUAUGCGAAGAUUCAGAACGAGGUGGACAGUGUUCUAGGAGGAGAGCCGAUCAGGUUCGAGCACCUGAGCAAGCUGACAUACAUCAAUGCCGUGUUGCGAGAGUCACUCCGUGUCACACCAAGCAUCGGGCAGUUUACUGUGACUCCUCAUAAGGAUGAAGUUGUAGGAGAUGGAAAAGACCCCACGGUUUGGGGAGAAGAUGCGGAAACAUUUAAACCAGAUAGAAUGCUAGAUGGAAAGUUUGAAGCUUUACCGCCCAAGUCGUGGUUACCAUUUGGUAAUGGGGCUCGCGCAUGUAUUGGCCGCCCAUUUGCCUGGCAAGAGGCUCUUAUCGCAAUUGCAACCAUAUUCCAGAAGUUUGACUUCAGGCCCAGCGACGAGUCAUACACUCUACAGCUCAAGCAGACGCUUACGUUGAAGCCCAAAGACUUUACAUUCCAUGCAAUCCCUCGCAAGGGUGCCCCAUCAUUCUCAGUUGCAACCGCCUCGUCCCAGGUCAGCAACGAGCCAACGACAGAGAAAAAGGCUAUAGAUGGAAACUCGAGUGGUAUUCCGCUAUAUGUGUUCUAUGGAAGCAACACUGGAUCGUGCGAAGGGUUCGCACAAAGCAUAGCAUCAGAUGCAGCUGGCAAAGGGUACCGUGCCAAGAUUGGCACUUUGAACAGCAUAGUUGGAAACAUUCCCAAGGACGGCCCUGUGAUCAUUGUUACUGCUUCUUUCGAGGGCGAGCCUGCAGAUAACGCCGGCCAUUUUGUCGAGGUCCUUGUCAGCUCCACCGACACAAAGGACCUCCAAGACGUCUCCUUUGCUGUCUUUGGCGCCGGAAACCACGACUGGGUCCACACCUAUCAGCGCAUCCCACGCCUCAUCGACGACACACUCGAGAAAAAGGGUGCCAAGCGCCUGCUUGCACGCGGAGAGGGCGAUGCUGGCGGCGAUCGCUUCACUGAGAGCUUCGAGGAGUGGGAGGACCAGCUGUGGCAGGCCCUGUCCAAAGAGUAUAGCGUGGAAGCAAAGGAAGGGCCGAGUGGCCCGACCGUGGAAGUGAAGCUUGUAGGUGCGCCGACGGACCGAGCAGCGACGCUUCGUCAGCCAGACUCGAGGCUGGGUCUAGUGGUCGAGAACCGGCUGCUUACUGCGGCUGAUGCCCCCGCCAAGCGUCAUAUUGAGUUUGAGCUUCCGGAAGACAUGAGCUAUCAGGCCGGAGACUAUCUUGCAAUCCUGCCAUCGAACCCGCCGGAGUAUGUGCGUCGAGUGCUUGCACGGUUCAAGAUCUCGCCGGAACAAGAGAUCGUGCUGAACGUCGCUGGGCCUACGACCCUGCCUACAGGAAAGCCAGUGAGCAUCUCGGAGGUGUUGUCAGGCUUUGUGGAGAUCGGACAGGUUGCGACGAAGCGCAACGUGUCUACUCUACUCGAGCACGCCAAAGACCCUGCCACACGCGCGGACCUGGAAGCGCUGGUCAGCGCAUACAGCGUGAAAGAUGGCCAGCCGACGACCAGCAGCAUGCUGGACCUGCUGGAGAAGUAUGGGGACAUCGAGCUGCCUCUUGGGGUGUUCAUCGCAUCCCUACCCGCGAUGCGGCUGCGCCAGUACUCGAUCUCGUCGUCUCCGCUGUGGAACCCGUCGCACGUGACUCUGACGGUGGGAGUGGUGGCGCAGGGGCAGUUCCUGGGAGUGGCAUCGAACUACCUGGCGAACCUGCGGAAGGGAGACCGUGUGCAGAUGUCGGUGCGGCCGUCGGCGAAGGGGUUCCAUCCGCCAAGUCAGCCGGAAGUGCCGAUGGUGCUGUUCGCUGCGGGGUCGGGACUUGCACCGUUCCGAGGGUUCAUACAGGAGCGGGCGAUGCAGAAGCAAGCGGGGCGAGAGGUAGGGAAGUGCGUGCUGUUCUUUGGAUGCCGGAAGGCGUCGGAAGACUAUCUGUACUCGGAAGGAGAGCUUGGGGAGUGGUCGAAGCUGGGAGUGGUGGACGUGCGACCUGCGUUCUCACGUGCUGCCGAGGAGUCGGAAGGGCAGAAGUAUGUGCAAGAGCGCGUAUGGCAUGACCGUGAGGUUGUGCGGGAGUACUUUCACCAGGGUGCAAAGUUUUAUACGUGCGGGGGGAACCAUGUUGCAACAGGAAUCCGGGAUGCGUGUGUGCGGAUCAUUGCUGAGGGGAAGGAAGGUAUGGAUGAGGAGCGGUUGGAGGAGAUAUGGAAAAAGAUCCAGUCUGAACGGUAUGCAACUGAUGUUUUUGGCUGA